GUUUAAUCUUCGAUGAGAAUUGCCUCAUUGUCACCGGCCCAAAAUAUCUGACGGGUUCCCCCUCCCCUUUUUACACGAGUACAAAAAAAGGAAACAUUUUAUCUUUGACAGUACCAACCAAAGAAGAGAUGUUUCAAUAGCAUAGUAGGCGGUUACCAGACACCCCACGUUAGGACCCACCGGCCGGGUGACGUUGAGGUCAAGGGUCAGGUUCCGGAGCGGCUGCAACUCCCGGGAAAGCUCAGCGGUGUCCGCUGGGUCUCGGGUCUUUGCUGUGAUGUCGGGGCCAAACGGGGAGCCGGCCGUUAACGUGGAACGUGAGGAUGACGAUGUGUCCACGGAAGAGUACGAUGCACUCAACUUGAUGCUCGAUCAGAUCAACUCUUGUUUAGAUAACCUUGAAGAGAAAAACGAUGUCCUAAAUGCUAAAUUUCAAGAACUGUUGGAAUCGAAUCGUCAGGCAAGGAUGGAAUUUAGGCAGCAACAAAUCAAUGCUACGAAUCAAUAGGAUGCAAAAGCGGCAGGAUUGACACCGACCUCUCAAAUUCUAAUCGUGCUUUUGAUUGUUGUUAUUGCGUAAUUUUUCUUUGACCCCUGUUAAUCAGCGCCCUGUAACAUCUUUUGUCUGUAUGUAGCAUUGUUUGUGGCUUUGUGUAAUUGCUUUGCCCUCCUCGUUUAUUUAAAGAACCGAUACUACUAUUCUGCACGUUUUCAUUUUGAAAGCAACGCUUAUUGAUGGAAGCCAUUAAUAUUUGGUUUUAUGUACGAAUGUGUACAGGGCUCAAGGAGAACUGCUCUAUUUAUGUUCGAAGUAAGUAAUACUACACACUUUUAAUAUUGUUCUUCAGAAAAUCCAAUUUCCCUUAAAUUUUCUGCUAACUUUUAUACAGAUUCAAUGGAAAUUACUUCAAUCUGAAAAUCCUUUCAUCUUCUUGUUUACAAAUUAGGGUUUCUACCCUGCUUAUAUUAAGCACCCCUUUUAACGUCUUGAUUAUGUCCAAAAGAUCGUUGGAGGAUGUACUACUUAAACAUUCCCAGCUUACACGUGGAUGUUUGCAAAUAUACUUUAAUGUCCUUUCUCAAUGCAUCUGUUACCACAAGUGCAGCUAGUUUAGAGUUUGGUGCUUCAUUUUGUUAAAACUAUGCUAUUCUGUUGGGGUGUGGGGAUGGAUAAUGAAACCUGUUUUUAAACGGGAUAAACUACUGUCUUGAAAGCUCGAAGCUUUUAUCCCGGUUGUGGAAUUAAUGGAAGGGAAACAAAAUUUUAUAUGCUUUGGAAGUUGGGUAAUGUACUGCUACCAGUACCAUUGUAGUUGAUAAAGUAUUCAGUGUUACCUCUAUUUCAUUGAAGUAAAUUAAGUGCAAGUUUUCAAAGGACAGAAAACAAAUCUAUAAAAUGCUUUAAUCUGUGCUGGAAUAAUGGGAAAAAAUUUGAGCAAAAUUUGGAAACAAAUUUACACAGUAACAUAGGAGACCAGGCAUUGUAUAUCUACAGAGCAGAUGAAUGGUUACUUCUAUAAAUUAAGCUAAUGAGAUUCUAUCUAACUUGCAUGUGUAUCAUUGGUUGUUAUUUCAAGUGUUUUCUUGGCAUGUUGUUCAGAAAGGUUAACUCCCCAUCAGUGUGAGCACUGUAGAUUACUAAUCAGGGGAUUAUUAAAGAAACCUUGGCUAUAGUUCAAAUUGAAAGGGAAUGGGUUGAAGUCUAUUGAAAAAUGGCACUGUGCAUCUCUUUG